GUUUAGCCGUUGCUAAGGGGCGGGGUUAACGGCGGCCGGGCCUAGCGGUGGCGGCGGAACCGGGCCGGGCCCGGCGGUCGGAGGAGGAGGCGGCGGGGCCGGGCCCGGUCGGGGACCGGUCAUGGAGUUCCCGUUCGACCUCACACCGGUGCUGGGUGACCGGGUUUGCGUGGUCGAUCAACACCUGCGGCCCGCCGGGCGUCGCGGGCCCAACCACCGGGGGGAGCUGGAGCAUCAGCUGAGGGCCGUCAUCGACGAGCUGGGCAAGGCCUCGGCCAAGGCCCAGGGCCUCCCCACCCCUGUCACCAGCGCCACCCGCAUGGAGACCAACCGCCACGUCCUCUACAUCCUCCGCGACGCCGACGGCCGCCGGACCCCCAAAAGCGCCGUCAUCGGCUUCCUCAAGGUGGGCUACAAGAAACUCUUCCUCCUGGACCGUAACGGCGCCCACAACGAAGCGGAACCUCUUUGCGUCUUGGAUUUUUACAUCCACGAAUCGCUGCAGCGACACGGUUACGGGCUGGAGCUUUUCCAGCACAUGCUGCAGAGCGAGAGGGUGGAUCCCUGGCGUUUGGCCGUCGACCGACCCUCCGAGAAGCUCCUGGCUUUUCUCCGCAAACACUACGGCCUCACCGACGCCAUCCCACAGGUGAACAACUUCGUCAUCUUCGAGGGUUUCUUCUCCAACCGACCGGCAGCCCCCCCUCGCCGCCCACCCCCCAAGCGCCCGGAGGAGGAGAUUAAGCCCUACUCGCUGUCGGAGCGCGACUUCUUACGGGAAGAGGCGGAGCCUCCGUGGCCCUUCAACUUGACCUCGGGGCGAGCCGGGGGUUCACCGGUACGCGGCAGCCUCCGGCCGUUCCUCCUGCGGCGGGAGACGCCGGACGGACAGACGGAGCCCCGGCCGCCGGACGGACGGACGGAUGCCCCCCAGCACCGCCGCGCCAGCUCCCUCGGGCGCGCCGGUCGCUGAGCCCCAUGGCAGCUCUCCCCACGGCGGGGCCGUGGGGGGCUCGGUGCCCGCUGGGUGUGGGGCGGGGGGACGUGGGGUGCCCCACAGGUGCCCCAUGGGUGCCCCCUCCCUGCCCCAUAGCCCCUAUGGGUGCCUGUCCCCACCCCAGAGUCCUACUGGGUGCCUAUCCCCGUCCCUGUGGGUGCCCUUCCCUGCCCCAUAGCUCCCCCGGGUGCUAGUGACUGCUCCACAGCUCACCCGGGUGCUAGUGACUGCCCCACGGGUGCCCCCUUCCUGCCCCACGGCUCCCACAGGUGCCUGUCCCUGCCCCACGGGUGCCCCCUUCCUGCCCCACAGCUCCCACAGGUGCCUGUCCUCACCCUAUGGGUGCCCCCUUCCUGCCCCACGGCUCCCAUGGGUGCCUGUCCCCACCCCACGGGCGCCCUUCCCAGCCCCACAGCUCCCAUGGGUGCCUGUCCCCACCCCACAGGUGCCCCCUUCCUGCCCCACGGCUCCCAUGGGUGCCUGUCUCUGCCCCAUGGGUUCACCCUUUCCUGCCCCACGGCUCCCAUGGGUGCCUGUCCCCACCCCACAGGUGCCCCCUUCCUGCCCCACGGCUCCCACAGGUGCCUGUCCUCACCCUAAGUGUGCCCCCUUCCUGCCCCACGGCUCCCAUGGGUGCCUGUCCCCACCCCACGGGCGCCCUUCCCAGCCCCACAGCUCCCAUGGGUGCCCCCUUCCUGCCCCACAGUUCCCAUGGGUGCCUGUCCCAACCCCACGGGUGCCCUUCCCAGCCCCACAGCUCCCAUGGGUGCCCCCUUCCUGCCCCACAGCUCCCCGUCACCAGUCCGUGCCCCACGGGUGCCCCCUUCCUGCACUACAGCCCCUGUAUGUGAUCGUCGUGCCCCACGCAGCACCCACGGGUGCCCUUCCCCACCCCACGGCCCCAGGGGGCGGGACCUUCCCCCGCCCCCACCCUGUUUUUGGUUACAUUUCAAUAAAAACGGUGACUCUGAA